CGAUAUUAUAAGAAAAAAAACAUUGCCUUGAUCCCCAAAAAGAAGAAUCGCAAUAAAGAAAAAUGGCCAAACAAUUCAAUGUGCCGCCGGUGGUUUUCCCGUCCGGCGGUGGAGUCAAUCCAACCGUCGGAAACGUCAACCAACGCCGAGUCCCAACGGCUCCUUUCCAGCCCUCCCGUCCUCCAUCGUCCUCCAUACCAUUCAUGGCUUUCGAUAUAGGGUCAGUUCCGCUAUCAUCCGGACCCGUCGGCGGCACGAUCUCCACUUCAGCAGCAUCCAGUUCCGGUUCUUUCGACGACGAAGAACCCCUCCUCGACGAACUGGGCAUCCACCCGGAACAAAUCUGGCACAAAACGAGAUCCAUCCUCAAUCCCUUUCGAGUCAAUCCGACGGCCCAUAAAGACUCGGAUCUUUCCGGCCCGAUCUUCCUCUACUUGUGUUUCUGCUUAUUCCAGCUCCUCGGAGGCAAGAUCCAGUUCGGGAUAAUUCUCGGCUGGAUCGUCGUCUCCUCGAUUUUCCUCUACAUCGUUUUCAACAUGUUAGCGGGUCGCAAUUACGGCAACCUAGAUCUGCACACGUGUACGAGCGUGGUCGGUUAUUGUCUGCUACCGGUGGUGAUCUUUUCGGCGGCGUCGCUUUUUAUCCCGCAAGGGAGCAGCGUCCCUAGGUUUGCACUGGCUGGGGUUUUCGUCCUUUGGGCCACUAGGGCUUGCACCAAUUUAAUGGUGGCGCUUUCCGAUGGAGGUGAAGAACACCGUGGGCUUAUCGCGUACGCUUGUUUCUUGAUCUACGCUUUAUUUUCCCUUCUUGUAAUAUUUUAACUGAAACUGAUUUUCCUUCCCUCCUGUAGAGUUAGGGUUUUCGUGGAUUAUAUGAAUAAUUGAAGACAAUGGGAUUACUUUUUGGAAUUUUAUGUGUAAAAUGCUACAGAAUGGCACUCUUUCGUUUUUGAAUAUGAAGAACAUUAACUUAUUUGGGUGAAGUGAAA